UGGCGCAUUAUGUAGCCCUUCGCUGAAUGAAACUGGCCUUUGGUGGCGGACAUUGUGGCUCCGGGUAGCAUGCGUCACCAAGGAACGACCUCGCUCCGGCUCGAGCCCGAAUGUCGCCGGUUUUCUUGACGUUGUUGAAGAAGCACCGAACGUGAAAACAGCGCCAUUUCUGUCGGCGUCCAUGAUACGCGAUGCUACCGCAGCGGAUUCCAGAGCUUGAGCUCGGAACGGCAGCGGGAGAGAAAUAGCCGCUCCCCUUUCGCUGCCCCUCUCUACUUCAGCCCACGGCAGGUUGUGCCGGUGAAGUGAGACGUAGCCCAAAAAUGGACCCCUCCUACUGAGACGCAAACACAUCUUGUGUUUUGCUCAGCAGCAUAAGCCAUGCCUGACGAGUAGAAUAAUCCCUUUUUGCUCAAAGCAAUAAAAAAGAAGAAAAAAACACCUACUACAUGUCUCCCCAUGUAGUGCUCCUUCAGUGCAUCCUGCUGGAGUGACUGCCCCCUCUUCCAGAUAGGUCCAGCCUCGUCUGCUCUUCAUACCCUUUUCCACUGACCACCCAUAAUUACCCCAUCACAAUGCUGCUCCGCCUGAGAAUGGCCAACACCUGAGGUCCCAUGCGUCCAGUGAGCACCGAUUCAGACGGUCCUGCCCCUCCUGAAAACUUCUCCUGCCCCUACCCCUUUGUGGGCCCCCUGCCUGCCUCAGAGAUGUCCCUGCUCCAGUCGCUAGGUCCAGUACAAAGCUGGCUUGGCCAGGAGCUUGAGAAGUGCGGGAUUGAUGCCAUGAUUUACACCCGCUAUGUCCUCAGCCUUCUCCUGCAUGACAGUUACGACUACGACCUGCAGGACCAGGAAAAUGACAUCUUCUUGGGCUGGGAGAAGGGAACAGGGAAGAAAUGGGGUAAGAGUAAGAAGAAAGGAGGGACUGACCUAAGUCUUGAGGAAAUGAAGAAACAAGCCGCUGUGCAAUGCCUCCGCUCUGCAUCUGAUGAAAACUCUGGAAUUGAGAGCCUGGUUGAAGAGCUUUGCUCUAAACUUAAGGACAUCCAAAACAAACAGAAAGAGGAAAAACAGAUUCAAAAGAAAUCUGAUGGCCCUAACUCUCCAGAGCGAGCGGAGUCCCCAUCUUCAAAGGACCAGGUGGAAAUGUAUUAUGAAGCCUUUCCUCCUUUGUCAGAAAAACCUGUUUGUCUCCAAGAGAUUAUGACGGUGUGGAACAAGGCUAAGGCCUGCGCAUACUCAAGUUCAUCAUCCUCUGCAGCCCCACAGACCAGCACAGACACCUCCUCCCCAAAAGAUUGCAACAGUGAAGGUGAAGCUGCAAAGGAGAGAAAUCUAGAGGCCUGUACUGUCAAUGAAAGAGGCCAGCAACGACGAAGCAAGAAGGAGAAAGAAAAUCGAUAUCAUGGCGGCGCAGCAGCAGAGGAGAAAUCUACUGUCCACUCGAAAAGACAGACCAGACACAGAUCUGAGGGUAAAUACAGACCCAGAUCCUGGUCUUCAGGCUCGAGUGAGGCGGGCUCCAGCUCAAGUGGGAACCAUGGUGACACCAAGUCAUCCAGAAGCAAGGCAGUUAGAAUAAGGCACAAAUCCAGGGAGGCUGCAAAGAAUAAGAGAACACGCAACAGCGGGCAGGUGAGGCUGCAGGUGAAGGUAAUUGACAAAGAAGAGCGAAGAAACACCGGAGGGAGCAGUAGCAGUGCCACUGGAGGCGCUGCCAAACAACCACAGCUUUACAAAAAGGGGAAGAGGCCGCUAAAGGAGAUUCGUAAAGAGCCAGGGUGGGCGGAAGCAAAAGAGUUCGGAGUCGAGGCCAGAAACAAAAAGGAAUAUAUGGAGGAGCCACUUUGGUACACUGAGCCCAUCGCAGAGUAUUUUGUACCCAUCAGCAACAGACAAAGCAAGCUGGAAACAAAGUAUCGAAGCAAGAUGGACUCUCCGGAUGGCUUUGCCUUGUCAACUGACAUGGAGAGGCUGCCGGAGAGAAUCCAGGGGAUCUGCAUUGCCAAUGAGGGCUUCCAGAGAGCAUACCUAGCAGCGGGCUCAUUUGUGGAUGGGCACUUUGUGGAAGGGCCUGGUGAAGCAGAAGAUGAAACUGCUGAACUCACCGGGACCUCAAGCUGCCCUCAGCCAGAGGAUAACGAUUUAGAUGACAAGCAUCUGUCUGAAUUCACUCACUUCUAUGAAGUUGAUAUUUAUCAAUCCAUAUUGGAUACUAGUGCCUCAGACUCUAUACAAGAGAGUCGGAUCUUAAGCAUGAUUCGACAAAAAAGCAAAGAGCAAAGAGACAUUGAGGCAGAAUGUUGUUUAGUGUUAGAUGGCCUUGAGCAGCAAGGGAAAAGUGCAAUAUGGGAAGAUUCACAGGAAGCUUCUGGAUCUGUUGGAUUCCUAAUGGAGGAUCUGGAAAACAUGGCUCAAGUAUGGGGAUGUUAUUCACCAUCUACUUCAGAAGAUAUAGAUGGAGAAAGCUUCAUAGGAGACUCGCCCAUUCGCCUCUCCCCCCUUCUUGAUAGUGUUUCAUUCACCCUGAGCAAACUAUCUGGAAAUCUGGAGGAGCCACCGGUUCCUGAAGCUACCAGUGAACCAUCUGCUUUGAACUCGUCCUGCUUCUCUCUUUUUGAGCUGCAGUACGAAAGUCCCACGCUUCCUUUUCCCCGUGACUCACUCACCGUUGGUCACGAAAACAACACCGAUUCUAGUAGCUGUCUUGACCCACAUUCAAAUAAACAGUCUCGUUUGCUAAUAUGGACCAAAAAUAGUGCCUUUGACGAAACAGAACAUUGUUCUAACCUUUCAACGCGAACCUGCAGUCCGUGGUCACAUUCAGAGGAGACUCGUUCAGACAACGAACAAGGAAAUGCUGCGACAGAGGAAGCUGCUCAAAUUGGCAACAAAGAGAUUGAUCUCAUAAUCCCUCCUCUCUCCGGUGCUUAUCUAGAGGACGAAAUCCUAGAUUUUUUGCAAGAAGAGACUGGGCGCAAGUGCGAGGAGGUCAGCAUUAGCAAAGCAUCUAAUCAGACCUUCACCAAAAAAUCUAAAUUGGAGUCCAUUUGUGGUAUAGCUUUGGAAGAGGAUGAGAGUAAACAGUACAGCACUGGCAUGUUUUCAGACAAUGCAAACCAGAGUGAUGAUUAUAGCUCAGGGAUAAUAAAGGACAUUUGGACUGCAAUUGGAGAUGGGAAAUCUGUAAUGUCAAGGCAAGGAGAAGAAAAAACAAGCGAGGGGCUAUUCGCCGAUGAGUCCGGCGGUUACUGCUGCGGCUGUCUGGAGGUGCAGGCAAAAGGAGUUCCAAUUCAGGGAACUCAGAAGAAAGCAGUGCAGCGUUCAGAGUAUCACCUUUGGGAAGGCAAGAAAGGAGAACAGGAUUUAGCCAAAAACAAACUCUCAAAGGUAGAUGGUGCCGGGGAUUACAUGACUCCGUCCAAGCCCUGGGACUUGAACUCUGACAAGGAGAGCACGUCAUUCAUCCUCGGAGGGGUGUAUGGGGAGCUGAAGACAUUAAGUGGUGAUAAAAAUUGGGCUGUCGUGCCGCCGAGUGACACCCACGAUAGCCUGCUCCAGUGUGCCGCCGCAGCUGCAUCCAGCUCAGACAUGCUUACCAUCACUGGCACCGAUGUGUUCAUGAACACGAGCAGCCGCUUUGCCCCCGGGCACAGGCCCCUGUGGAGGCCUCUUGUGUCCUUUGGGCAGAGUGACAAGGUCAUUAGAGGAGGUGGAGAUGGAUUGAAUAAGGGAUUUUCUUUCAUCUUCCAUGAAGAUUUGCUUGGAUCGUACGGAGGCUUGCAUAGUGAGGAGCAAGAUUUAGACUACCCGUUCGCAUCCUUCAACCUAAACAAUCCCUUCUCUCAAGUCCUCCACGUUGAGUGUUCUUUUGAGCCUGAGGACAUGGCUUCUUUCAGUCCAGGGUUCAAGCCCAAAUCUAUUCUCUGUUCGGACUCUGAGACUGAAGCCUUCCACCCACGAAUAUAUGGCAUCAACCGGACGCAGUAUAGGGCCAUUCGCAUUUCCCCCAGGACUCAUUUUCGACCAAUCUCGGCCUCCGAGUUGUCUCCUGGUGGAGUAAGUGAUUCGGAGGCUGAGACUGACAAAGAGGAGAUGAGUUUUCCCGUCCUGGCGCCGGUGGACGUCUUUGAUGAUCCUCAGGCUGACCUAAAACCUCUGGAGGAGGAUGCAGAAUGUGAGGGUCCUUAUUACGGGAAGUCAGAACUGGAAUCUGGUAAAUUUUUACCCAGAUUAAAGAAGUCUGGCAUGGAGAAGAGUGCGCAGACUUCUCUGGAUUCACAGGAGGGCUCCAGUACCCUCCUGCCAAUUGCUGAGCAAGAAAUUUGCUUAGACUGUAGAACGGCAGCAGCUGCAUCACCCGCAGGUGGACAGACGGACGACUCAGUCAGCAAGAUUCCAAAAGAGGAAUCUUCAGGAGAAAAACAGUCCUUAUGUGCACCAGGAGGUCAGAUCCCCAAGUAUGGGAUUGCUUAUGACUUUGUUGGAGAUGUGCCAGAGUUCCCUCUGUUAAAUAUAAGUGGACAGGGAGGAACUGGCAACCAGCAAGAUGAGUGCUGGUGGCAGACCACACUCUGCUCCCCUCUUUUCCCUGGAUCUCAAUGUACAGGGAGCAGCAACAUUUGAAUACAGUUUUGCGGAGGACGGCUGUCUCCGAGAGGAAACCCUCCUCUCCUUUUGUGACCAGACCUCUACCAGCAAAGAUUCAGGGUCAUCUCAGAGCUGAAAAACCUAAUGUAGGCUAAUUUUCUGAGACCCCCCCCCCCCACGCACAUAACCCUGCUGGUUUUCAUUUACUAACUUAAAUCCAUGUGUAAUCAACAAUCAGAUCCACAAGAAGUGAGUAAAAAUAGGAAAACUCCAAAAAUAUGUUCUGUCUUUUGAGUGAUGCCGGUGAUGUGCGGACAUGCAUUUUAGAAUUUGUUUCAAUUGGUUUUUCUGUACACUGAUCCUCAUUCAAGUCUCGCAGUUAGUGAGUAGGGACGAUAUUUUGUUCUAUCCUCGUCAUUUUUGUUCCCACCAUUUUGCUUUUGAGCUAGGUUACUGGUAGUUGGUGGUGUCGAAUGGUUGUGCAUGUGUGUUUGUCCAGCCAGUCUCACUCCUCUUUUUCUAGUUGAACCUAACGUUGUGUGAAACAGCUGCAGUUGCAUCCUCUACUCUCUAUCUUGUGUUCAGAAAGACAACAUAAGAAUGUUGAGAUUUUGAGUUGUGUAAGAGUUUUGAGAGUUUCAUUGAAAUAGUUUGUUUGGAAGACAUUCUGAAUGUGAAGUAGAGAAUGUGUGCAGAUUUCUUUCGAAAAUAUCCAGAAUUUUCCCUGUGUGAAAAGUUAUCAUUAAUGAGUCUGAUUUUUGAAUGGUGAUAGUCUUUCAAAAAGCUAGUAGUAGACAUAGUAUGGUUUGUGAGGCUAAAAUAAAACAAAAUCCUUUAAAAAUAAGAAUAAUUAAAAAAAAGAAAAUCAAAAGGAGUUCUGUUUGCAAAAAUACUAAUUAUCUACUUGAAAUGCAAUGCUGUAAAAGAAUUGGGGUGAAAGAAAAAAAAAGUUUAUGUUCUGGGGUAAAGACCCACCAUGUAAAGACAUGACUACAGCCAUUUCUGCAGACACCUGUGUUGCAACUGAAUGAAACUUUUGUUUUAUUUUUUGUAAUUUCUACAGAACAGACUAUUGGUGCUAUAAAUAUGUUCAAAAAUCUUUUGAAGUUGAAGUUCCAUUAUAUAGCUGUGAUAUGUAGGUGACAGAGCCUAGUUUUGUUUGUUGUUCAGACGGUCAAGACUCCAUGAAUAUACUUUUGAGAAAAUUGUGAGAAGAGGAAGAAAGUUGUUGUUGUUUUUUUGCCUGAUCGCAGUUCUUCUAAAUGCGGCUUGGUUUUUAAUUUUUUUAAUUUUAAGGUAACCUUUAAGUUGUCAGGCCUGUAAAAGCUGAAGCAGGAAAAAAACUUGCAGGUAUUUAAAUCUCACAUUUUUCCACAUCUUUUUAGUUGAUUGUCACCAAGCAGAAAGGACAAACUCAGCAUUGAGUCUUGUUUAACUUUCCAUGCUGCAACUAAACCAACUUUAAACAAAAAAAAUGGCGGGGCAAUGUUCAAACCAAAAAACGUACAUGGCGUCAUUACACUAUUGUACAACUGCUCUUUUUUUCCCCCAUGUGGUGUGUUUAAAUUUUUUUGUUUUGCAAUAUAACUUGUUGAAAUACUGAGUAAUGUCUCGGUGUGUCAGCGUAGAACUUGUGAAGGCACUGGUUCAGAGUGAGUCUACGAGAACUUUAUCUCAGAGAAAUGUAAAUGUGUCUCUCCACACUCUCUAAAAUGCAAAGGCAUCAGUGCCCCAUGAAUUUGAAACAACUUGAUGAAAUGAGCACUGAAAACUGUUGAGUUGUGGUUUGCUGACCUUUUGUGUGACCUGUGCUUUGAAAAUUACAUUUUGGUAAAGCAUCUGCAGAUAUUUUUAUUUUUAUUUUUUAUUUUUGAACAGGUUUUGAGGACAGUAGCAGAGUGGGUUAUUUUUCUCAUACUUUUGAAACUGAGGCACAGAGUAACUAAAAUCAUCCCCCCAUUAAUGGAAAAUUAAAAAAAUAUGUCGGCAGCGUAAUGCACUGUUGCAGGUGAAGGUGUCACUAUUGCGGGCAUGGCUUUGGAAAUGGCUUCCUUGUUUGAGAAUGCAAAGAAAGAUUAUUUUUUUUCCAGUCCAAUGCCACGUUAAUUGAUAAAGGACACCCCAAGUAAUGGAAUGAAAGGUACUAAACUUCAGGGUCUUGUCCCCCUUUCUUUGACAGUCAUCAGACACUCAGGAAUUUUUAUAAGCAUAACUGCAUACUCUACACAGACCUGUGACAGUGCAUUGAUGCGUUAAUGUAUAACAUUUCUUUGAUUGUAGAGCAGUAAUUACUUACAGUUCUUUACAAGCAAACCACAGAGGCGACUGUUCUUAAUUUAGAGCUGUAGGUUUUAGGAGGAGAAAAAAAAAAAGAAGUAAGCCAUUGGAGAUUGCAUAAGCAAUGCGGAGGGGAAUUCAAAAGCCCAGAGUCCUAUGCAAUACCUUGGCGCAUGUAAACAUUCAACAGUAUACGAAAAGAAGUCAUUCAGUUAAUGUGCAUGUUGGUUACUUAUGAGCGAGGGACACCUGAGGAAAAAAAAAACAACCUGUGGAAUGUCUCUAAAAAUGCAGCAUGCAAAACAUCACACUCCAUCUAUUUACGUUGGGUUGAUCAAAGAUUUUGGUUUAAAAAAAAAAAACUAUGAGUGAGUGAGGUUGUGUGUGUGUGUGUGUGUGUGUGUGUGUGUGUGUGUGUGUGUGUGUGUGUGUGUGUGUGUGUGUGUGUGUGUGUGUGUGUGUGUGUGUGUGUGUGUGUGUGUGUGUGUGUGUGUGUGUGUGUGUGUGUGUGACACACAAGGCACUUACAUGGGAGUCGAAUGCAUCACACCCAUCAUUUAAUUCUUCCAUUUUGUUAGGCCGUGUUUAAAAAAGAAAAAAAAAAGAAAGAAAAGAAUGAAUGACAAUACAAUGCGAAAAAUGCAUUCAGUGGGGGUGUUAGCAUUUGGAACAACUGACAGAGUGGCUGAGUUUCAGUCCCACUGUGGUCUGAAGAACAUAUCCAGCACUGAAAACUUUUUCCAUCGUCUUUUCAUUCCCACCUGGAGGAUGCCCCUUCACCCUCACCCCCUCCUCCAUGUUCCGAAAAGCCCAUCUGUCCCGAGUAGAUGUGUUGUUCUGAUUUCAUGUACACCCAGAGUAAAUUAUUUUGUUUCAUUGUGGAUUUUUCUUAACAUCUAAUAAAGGAAUAAACCAAACCUGAA